GGCGGGCGGGCGGAACGGAGUCUCCUUCACUUCGCCCUCCAGCCGCGGCAGUUGCAGCCCGACGCGGCCGACUGUAAGAACGCGCGGCCUGAGCUGCGAGGCUAGCGAGCGGCGGCGGCGGCCCUCCGGAGAGAGCACCAGAUCACCUCUUCCCGCGGCCUCGCCAUGGCGACCUCUAGACAGAACUGCUGCCCGCGGCCAAUGUGUAUUCCUCCAUCAUACGCUGACCUUGGCAAAGCUGCUAGAGAUAUUUUCAACAAAGGAUUUGGCUUUGGGUUGGUGAAGUUGGAUGUGAAAACAAAGUCAUGUAGUGGUGUGGAAUUCUCAACAUCUGGUUCAUCUAAUACAGACACUGGUAAAGUUACUGGGACUUUGGAGACCAAAUAUAAAUGGUGUGAGUAUGGUCUGACUUUCACAGAAAAAUGGAACACUGAUAAUACUCUUGGAACAGAAAUCGCAAUUGAAGACCAGAUAUGUCAAGGUUUGAAAUUGACAUUUGAUACUACCUUCUCGCCGAACACGGGAAAGAAGAGUGGUAAAAUCAAGUCCUCUUAUAAAAGGGAAUGUAUAAAUCUUGGUUGUGAUGUUGACUUUGAUUUUGCUGGACCUGCAAUCCAUGGCUCAGCUGUCUUUGGUUACGAGGGCUGGCUUGCUGGAUACCAGAUGACCUUUGACAGUGCCAAGUCGAAGCUGACACGGAAUAACUUUGCAGUGGGCUACAGGACUGGGGACUUCCAGUUACACACUAACGUCAAUGAUGGGACAGAAUUUGGAGGAUCAAUUUAUCAGAAAGUAUGUGAAGACCUUGACACUUCAGUCAACCUCGCUUGGACUUCGGGUACCAACUGUACCCGCUUUGGCAUUGCUGCUAAAUACCAGUUGGAUCCCACUGCUUCUAUUUCUGCAAAAGUCAACAAUUCUAGUUUAAUUGGAGUAGGCUACACUCAGACUCUGAGGCCUGGUGUGAAGCUCACAUUGUCUGCUCUGGUAGACGGGAAGAGCAUUAAUGCUGGAGGUCACAAACUUGGGCUUGCCCUGGAAUUGGAGGCUUAAUCCAGCUGAAAGAAACCUCUGGGAAUGGAUAUUGGAAGAUUUGGCCUUAAUAUAUUUCCAUGUGACCAGCAGGUGUCUCCCCCCUCCCCCAAGAAGGUGGUCAAAACGAAGGAUGAUCUAAACAAGAGCUGUAUUUUAAAUAUGUAGACAGUCACAUGUUAGCUGGUUUCUAGUUGAAUUGGUUAUCAAGUUACCAAUGCUGCAGUCGUGCAGUCACCUAUACAUUAUUUAAAUGUAUUUAACUGUUAAAUGUGCUACCCACCAGUAAUGAAAUAGACCUUUAUGAAAACUGCA